UGGCCAAAGUGGAUCGCUGUUAUUACAGAGAAUUUUGUACAAGUGACACGUGUACAAAGGAAUAUGAAUUGUUUUAACGUUUUGACGCUUUUCUUAUUAUUAAAUUUUAUAUCUUUUUUAAAUGCGUUAUAUUUCCACAUCUCGGAAACAGAGAGAAAAUGUUUCAUCGAAGAAAUUCCCGACGAAACAUUAGUUGUGGGAAAUUACAAAUGUGAACUGCACGAUCCAAAGACUGGAGGCUUCAUGCCCUCUAGUCCUGGCAUUGGAAUGCAUGUGGAAAUUCAGGAUCCCAGUGGCAAAGUAAUUCUCUCAAAAAUGUACAGUUCAGAGGGUCGAUUCACAUUCACUUCCAGCUCUCCCGGGGAGCAUGUCAUCUGUCUCUAUUCAAACUCUUCGAAAUGGUUCAGUGGAAGUCAGCUGCGUGUACACUUGGACAUUCAAGUCGGAGAGCAUGCAGUCGAUUAUGGAAACGUUGCUCAGAAAGAAAAGCUUACGGAAUUACAGUUGCGAGUCCGUCAACUUUUAGAUCAAGUAGAACAGAUCACGAAAGAACAAAACUAUCAGAGGUAUCGUGAAGAGCGAUUCAGACACACCAGUGAAAGUACGAACCAGAGAGUGUUGUGGUGGUCAAUUAUCCAGACUGCCAUGCUUGUUCUCAUGGGCUUUUGGCAGAUGAAACACUUAAAAAGCUUUUUCCAAGCAAAGAAAUUGGUGUAAAGUGGAAUAUAUUAAAUAUAUUCUGUAACUAAAACGUGAAUGUAUUUAUCGUUAUGUAACUAGAUGAAGGAUAAAAAGAAUGGUUACCUUUUUUUUUAA